AUGAGCAAGAGACAAAUAGAGUCAGAUUCUGAUAUAGAUGUCAGUUCUACUGACGAAUCAGAUAAUGAAUUAGACCAACAACAAAAUGACGGUGAUGUCGACAUGCAAGAAACCGUCAAUGUCGACUUUGAUUUUUUUGAUUUAAAUCCUGAUGUUGAUUUCCAUGCGAUAAAGAACUUUUUGCGUCAGUUGUUUGGGGAUGAUCAUGGUGAAUUUGAUACUAGUGGGAUCUCCAAUUUGAUAUUGACAAAGAACUCAGUAGGUACUACGAUUAAAACUGAAGGCCAAGAAAGUGAUCCCUAUGCACUUUUGAGUGUUUUCAGUAUAUCGAAUAACUUGACCCUGCCAAGUGUAAAGCAGUUGAUUGAAUAUGUAUUGAGUCAAACAAAGAACAUACUAGAGUUUAAUAUCACAUUGAAAAAGUUAUUGCAACCAAGCACAGCCGGGAGGUCUCCAAAAGUUGGUCUAAUUGUAAGUGAAAGAUUGAUAAAUAUGCCAAUUGAAGUAGUACCUCCAAUGUACAAAAUGUUACAGGAAGAAAUGCAAAAAGCGGAGAAUGCAAAUGAAAAAUUCAAUUUCGAUUACUAUUUGAUAAUAUCUAAAGUGUAUCAAUUAGUUGAUGCUGUAGAAAAAGAUGAUGACGAAGAGAAAGGUAAAAAGAGGAAAACCAGUGAACAAAAACCAGUUGAGUUUGAUUAUUUCCAUUUAGAGGAUCAAAUUUUGGAGUCAAAUGCAACUUACAAAGGGAUAUUUGAUUAUAAGAACAAGAGUCAGCAGGAAACGGAUUCAAGGAGAGUGUUUACUGAUUACGGAAUUGAUCCUAAAUUGAGUAUCAUAUUAAUAGAUAAGGAUAACUUGGCCAAAUCAGUGAAAGAAAUGGAACAUCAAUUUCCAGCCCCAUAG